CGGCUGCACUUCCUCACAACAGAAGGCGGCGUGAAGGGGACACAUGCCCCGCAUCCAUCUGCCCGUACUCUCAGUACACGGCGGGCUGCAGCAGUGGGCGUGACGCCGCCAUGUCCACCUUCCUGUCACGCCGGGCUGCUGGAAAGUUUAUGACUUGUCCGCCGCUCCGCCGUACUGUGUGCGCCGUGUGACAGGGGAGCGCUCUAUGGAUACAGUGUACAGCGGCAGUGACGGGCACCAUGGAGCCGGGCACUCGUGCCGUCAGGGGCUGCUGUAGGUAACACAGGAGGGCGCUGGAUACGGGCUGCACACGGAGGAUACAUGGCACUACUACCAUGGAGCGGAGCGGUGUGUAGCCACUGACUGGAGGAGAGCGCACGCUUCACGGACUAGAGACUCGGUGUGUGCCGGCGAUGGGCGGACGGCAGAGCAGCCCGGCCUCAGACGGUCGGACACGGGCGUACUCCGGUUCGGACAUCCCUUCCAGCACUGGCCGGGGGCCGAUAAGGGGCCCAGCGGGGGUGGCCGCCUCCACCUCUUCGCCCCUGGCCAGGUACCCGUACAUGCACGGGGGGCACGCGGCGGCAGCGGCCGGGGGCUCGGAGCACACGCCGCCAGCUUUGGGCUCACGGAGCAGAUCUGUGGGAGGAAUUCGCAGCCAGGCCCAGCUCAGUCAGGCCGGGCUCAGUAUCCCGGGAGCAGCGAGGGACUCCGGCAGCAGCACCCCGGAGGAGGGAGGCAGAGAGCGGGCACCGGGGGGAGGCGGCUCCAGGCUGCUGAUCGGAUCGCUGCCCUCUCACCUCUCCCCGCACCUCUUUGGAGGAUUUAAGUGCCCAGUCUGCUCAAAAUUCAUUCCCACAGAUGAAAUGGAUUUGCACCUUGUGAUGUGCUUAACAAAGCCAAGAAUAACGUAUAAUGAGGAUGUUCUUGGCAAAGAUGCUGGGGAAUGUACAAUAUGUCUGGAGGACCUACAGCAAGGGGACACAAUAGCAAGAUUACCCUGUUUAUGUAUAUACCACAAGGGAUGCAUAGAUGAAUGGUUUGAGGUAAAUAGGUCUUGUCCUGAGCACCCGUCAGACUAGACAGCGGUUAUCCUGUACAUUAGUAGCUUUAUUUCUCUGCUUGUAAGAAGAGAAUUACCUAAGGAGCAGGCUUCCAUCUGCUGUGACUAUCCUGAGAAGGGGCAUUAGAGGCCUCCUUGCCUUAGACCUCCAUGUUGCUGGGAAUCUAGAUUCAGUGACAAUGAAAGAGACAAUGGAUUUCCUCAGAAAUCAGUGUGCCAAAACGUUGACUAUGUAAGGAUGCACACAGGGAUCUUCAAAAUGCUGCACACACUGUUUGUGAAGAAGAAAACACACUUGUGCCCCACCAUUCCUGUUCAUGAACAACACAUAAUGUAGGCCAAAGUUAACUUUUGUCCCUGCGAGCAUUCUUUUAUAUUUUUUUUUUUAUGACCUACGCAUCUGGGAGCCAGUAAGAUGAUUUUUUUUUUUCCCUUCUUAAAAGAUCUUCAACUCCAGGAUUUUGGACUGUGAUUGGAGGAAAACAUCUCUAAAAUAAUUUUUAUUUAAUUGUUGAAAUAUAUAUAUUUUCUUUUUAGAUGCCAAAAUCCAGUGUAUGGUUUUACGGUACCGACCCCUUUUUGUACUUUGACAAAACAAAAUGUGAAAUUGUACAAGUGUUUUUUUUUUCACUCUAAUAGUAUAGGACUUCCCAUAUCCACCAUUUUUGUCUGUCUGUUUGGUGUCUACAUACACGGACUGUCGCUAUAUGCCUCCAGAAAUUGGUUACUAUACUAAAGCAUAUCUUCUUAUCAAUUAACCCUUUCAUCUCAGAGCCAACACCUGCAUCCGAGUGGUGAUGUUUUAGAAUUUUUUUUUGUCCUGUAAAACAUUUUGAAAUCGGUCAGGGAACAUAAGCCAUCAAAGUGCCAUUAGAAAUAUACCUGUGGGUAUGUUUACAUCAGUUAGUAAGAUGCAUUAGUAAUUUGGAUCUUCGACACAACAAUCCAUUGCAAUAUCGAUUGGAAAUACCUAUAGACAGAUCUGUGUACAAGACAGGGGCAGAGCACAACCAGUGGUACAAAAUUGUAUGAUCUAAUAAUCAGUAAGGAGUGUGGUGCAAACUUUAUAAAUUCACUGAGAAGGGACAAACAGUCCGGUCAGCUGCGUGCGGCAGGGCAUUCCUACCCAGGGCAGCAAAUAGUUUCAAAAUUGUUGAUGUGGCCAUUGGUUGCCAUGGAUGGGCGUGACCUACUGCAUGCAACCUGCCAGAUCAUAGCCAGACCGUUUGGCCUUAUAAACCUACCACCAAUUAAUUUUUAAAGAGUUUGUCCUACUAGGACAACUUGUGUCUCUAUGCCCUAUUAGGGUAAGUAAGGAUAUUAUAGAGGGGUGUCCACUGUUCUGGACCCCCUUCUAUUUACCAUAUAAGGACCCUGAAGAAUGCAAAUGAUAUUUCUUGCUUGCUUGUGCAAGAGCUCCGUUUAAUUAUAUGGAAAAAUAUAUGUUCCAGCACAGAGUGAUCCAGCACAUUUGAUCAGGAAGCCUUAUACCCCUCUAAUGGUGUGUUUUAGCUGCAUGCCUUAAAGCGUACCUGAGAUUUUAAAAAUAGUUUGCAUAAUGGCUGUGCUUUUUGUACAAUCAUAACUGUGAAGGAACUGGUGUUUUUGGGAUUCUCUAAAGUCUCUUUCAGUCAUAGUAUUCCCUAUUUCAGGUGCACAGCUAGAUGCAUUUCACUCAGAAGUAGUGGAUGUCUCCCUUCUGUGGAAUCUGCCAGUACUGUAUGCAGUGACCUUACUUCCCACUAUGUUUGUUUUCUUCCAGGAAGAUCCUACUUACAGACACACAGGAGCUUUUCUGCUCUUCAGAAGCAGCAUAAAGGCAGGAUCAGAAUCUCAGAUAGCUUUGACACGCAACCCAUUACCGGUAAACCAUCUUCUGAGUCUCUGUUACCAGAGAAGGAUAGUGUCUGACAACAGGAAAAUGGACAUCAAGUUAGGUGGACAUUAGACCCCUAGUGGCCAUGACUUUUUUUCAGGUGGAUGCAGGCAGCAUUUUUAAAUGAAGUGAUUUAGUUACAACAUUCUCUAUUAAAUGAAAUUGUGUGAAAGUACAUUGACUCUUUAAUUAUAGCAGGCUAUGAAUAUUUCAAGUUGCCAAAAUACAUAAGGCCGUUAUGCACAGUUUCAUGUUGGAUUUUAUCAUGUUUUGGCUACAAAAAUAUGUUUGUUUGUUAUUUA